UAUAAUAGAUGGUAAAGUCAUCUGAUGUUGAUAAUAAUCGGGAUGUUAUUAGUGAUAGGCAUCACCACGUUAACUCUUUCAUUAUAAAAUAUAACGCCUAUUUUUGGAUCAAUAUAUCAAUAGACCGUCUGCUUGCAAUUACAGAUAUUCAUUAACAGCAAUAUGCACUAUAUCUAUGACAUGCUGUCGAUUAUAAUAAUAAUCUUAUCUGUAAAAAUGAUCAUCAUGCAAUUUGCAGUAAUAACAAUGUGAAGCUGUAAAAGUUAAUUAAGGACGGGCUAGUUUAAAUGCGAUUUCAUUUGUCCUGAUUGUGUGGUGCAUGAAUUCAUCUUCAACGUGCUCCGGCUGGCAUUGGAAGUAGUUCCGGUGGUUUGGCUAGAGAGGAGAGAGCGGAGUAGGGAGACCCGGGAUCCUGUUGUUGAACGAGCAAAUCAGAAUAGCGGGUAAAGUCUCACAACCCAACGGACUCAACUGACCACAGCAUUGAUCUACCUGACGGUGGAACGAGUCAUGCAGCGAAAGUGACAGCUCUAGAUUCAAGUUUAAAAGCCUCUUCCAAGAAGGAAUUUUUCAAGUGCAGUUGUGGAACCGCUGAACCUCCGUACAUUUUGAACCGGUUUGCAGCCAUCCACGGGGCUAGGCCCAAGCAGCUCCAUGAGGACAACGUGAACACGGGCCAGAGAACGUCUCCUUCAGACGCCGCGGGUUCCAAGCAUGCUCAGAGCCGUGGAGGGAUGGAACGACAUGGAGACAACUUCAGCAUUGGUCGCCGUGCAAACGCCAUCCAGUGAACUACCAGAGAGUCUCCUGCCCCCCCGCCCCUGAACCCCCUCCGCCCCCCCAGCCCCCCAUCGCCAACCUCUGACCCUCCAACCUCUCCCACCAUGACCUCUGAACUGGAGAGCAGCCUAACCUCCAUGGACUGGCUCCCCCAGCUCAGCAUGCUGGCAGCCAUCCAGAAGUCAGACGGCGGGCAUCACCGCGGCGGGAACCACGGGCACCACCACCACCACGCUCACCACCCCCACGGCCACGGGCCUGGGCCGGGUAAGAAGGCCGGGCAGCUGGACCCGGGCACCACCCUGGACCAGGAAGAGGCGUCCCAGCACCGGGACGGCAAGCCGCCCUACAGCUACGCCAGCCUCAUCACCUUCGCCAUCAACGGCUCCCCACGCAAGAGGAUGACCCUGAGCGAGAUCUACCAGUGGAUCUGCGACAACUUCCCCUACUACAGAGAAGCUGGCAGCGGCUGGAAGAAUUCAAUAAGGCAUAAUCUGUCCUUGAACAAGUGUUUCCUUAAAGUGCCUCGCUCUAAAGACGACCCCGGAAAAGGCUCCUAUUGGGCCAUAGACACCAACCCUAAAGAGGACACACUGCCCACCAGGCCAAAGAAAAGGCCACGCUCUGGAGAGAGGGCAUCCACACCCUACAGUCUGGAGUCUGAGUCUUUGAGGAUGGACUGCAUCAUGUCAGGGGGGGCGUCGCCCACCCUGGCCAUCAACACUGUGACCAACAAGGAGGGCAGCGACAGCCCCCGGAGCAGCCUGAACAACAGCCUGUCAGACCACAGUCUGGCCCCCCGGAGCAGCCUGAACAACAGCCUGUCAGACCAGAGUCUGGCCUCUGUCAACCUCAACAGCGUGGGCAGCAGCAGCCUGCACAGCUACGCACCGGUGAGACACGACCUUUCCCUGACCUAUUCCUUCCUCCCGGCCGGACCACCGAGGAUGCAGACGCCGUGA